AUGUCUCACCGUGAUCAUCGCUACUCACCAUAUGAUACAGGACGACGUCGAUGUCCCAGCGACGACAGAACAGCCUAUCGGGCCAGGUCACCGUACCACACACCACAUUACACGGAGGAAGAGAGUCAAUCCUUCCGAUCCGAGCAUCGCAGCCACCGUAGGCGUCGACACUCCCGAAGUGAUGACGACCACGACUAUCGCCGUCACCGUCGAGACCGCUACAGCGACAGCGACUCCUCGGGGGACGACCGAAGACGCGCGACCGAAUACGAGCGUCGGCUUGCAGAUGUCGAGCUCGAACUCGAACGCCUUCGAGGCGAACGAGCCCAUUACCAGCGACAGAAUGAACGCGAGCAAUCUCGCAGUUACCGUGAAUACAACCGGUCCCAGUCGAAUGAACGAAAUGUCCAACGAUGGCGCGCCUCAUCGUCUCUGCAAAGACCUCAGCGCCGCCAUGAACGCCACCAGAGCCGUGAGAAUGGUCGUGACAGUACCCGCGGCCGUGGAAACAACGUCACUGCCAGAACUAGACAACGUCAGGCACCGGACACAGAUGAGGUUCGAGAACGCAGGGAAGCGGAACAUGUCCGAAAUGCCGCUCGGAGGGCAGGGUUCAACCGCGCCCAACAAGAGCUCCUUGUACGAGAGAGGGCUGAAUGGUCAAGAGAACUCCGCGCCACCUUCAGCAACGCUAUGCGGCAGGGGCCAAUUGUAGACGCUCAAGCUACUCAAGCUCAAGAGGCUCCACCGCCUCCGAUUCCCGUGUCCACUGGCGCCACCGCAAGCCAGCCAACCGCAAGCCAGCCCGUCGACGACACGGAAGGACAAACAGCACAGAACUCCUCCACUCUUGCAGCAGAUCAGACAGAUAGAGGAAACCAGGAGGUUCCGGUCGUCACACCCGCAGUGUCCGGCCAGUCUACGGCCUCAAACGUUGAAGCUUCUGCACUACUUCCAGGUCCCUCCUCUGUGUCGCAACAUCAGCCUCGAUCCCUGUCAACGGCCCCAGCAACAGCAGAUACAGAAGGCAUGGGUUUUGUCAUAGUAUCCGAUCCCACGGCGAUGACAGCUGUCGAAAAUAAGCAGCGUGCAAACUUCCGGACUGAGGCUCAAAACAGGAUUCACUCUUUCGAACAAGAUUUUCGAACCUACCGUGACGGAUACAGUACCUGUUAUGAGCACCUCUAUCAGAACAUUGCCAACGUCGUUCAGACUCACUAUAUGAAACUGAACGGCCAGAUUAAAGCCAUCGAGCGACACUGCCAGGACUUCGAGAAACACGCUCGAGGCAUCAAAUCUCGCACCGAUCAACUUUGGAACAGCAGCAAGACACAAUAUAUGGCUGCCUGGUCACCAGCUACAAGAGUCCGUCAGGACGCGUCUGAACAGCGAUUGCAAGCCGAGUUUCAGAGUGCGACCAACAAAAGCAACAGAAUCAGAGCCCAUCUGGAGCGCGAACUGCAAAACAUUGUACUCGAAAUCAGAGAUACGUACAUUUUCAGAUUUGCAGAGUUUGAGGGAAAUCUGAAAGGCGAUGUGACAGCCGCCGAGGCAUUUGUGGGAAGAUGGCGUCCUAUUCAUCUCGAACUUCUGCAACUCAUGGGCCUGAAACAAACCGAGCAAUGUUCGUUUGAUGUCGGCGACGUGGGAAUCUACUGCUCCAGCGAGGAUGCCGUGGUAAUGGAGGUAUCAUGA